CACCCCUGUCGACACAUGGUCAUCCCACACACGCACGUCAACAACACACAGCAAUGUUCGCAGUGGCAGCAGCAGCAUCUUGUGAGCGCCGCCCCAGUGGCGAUGCGCAAGCGACAAAGGUACCAUCCUCAGCGGAUUCCACGAGUGAAGACACCAUGCCAGCCCCACCGCAGCUGACGGCAACACAGGUCAUGGUGCUCCAAAGAGCCGCCAUGAUUUUGUCGAAGAAGUACGACGCUGCUUGCAAAGGACUUGACGUUGAGACAUCUCUUCGUGCUUUCGGUUCUGACGCGCUGAAGCGCUUGCGACAACAAGUCAUACAUAUCGCCGUCUUAUUCCCAGACCUUGACAUUGUAGUGGACGCGCUGAAUCCGUUCACGACUGGUGCACAUGCGAUAUUGUCAGCGUGGGACGCUGUGGAGCUGCAAUUGUCCAAAUGCACACCUCCCAAGCUGGACACAUCUGCGCUCAACAAGCGGCUGAGUAAGUGCAUGUUUGAGUUGAUGUCCUGCGACGGCUGUUUGCGACGUGCUUCUCAUGCCUUACCAUGA